AUGCCUAUGGAAGAAGUUCAAGCUAUAGGGAAUUACCCGAGACAACCCAAUAAUCCCAAUACCAUGACCUACAACCCAGGCAUAGAAGAAGAGAAGUCUAAUGAAGAAAAUGUUACUGAAGACCUUAACAAGAAAGAAGUGGUACCACCUGUGAGCAUUGACCAUCAUGUUAGAAUUCCAUAUCCAAAAAGGCUUUGUAAGCAUAAUCUGGAUAAGCAGUUUGCAAAGUUUUUAGAUGUGUUCAAGAAGCUACAUAUUAAUAUACCAUUCAUAGAAGCAUUAGAACAAUUGCCAAACUAUGUGAAGUUCAUGAAGGAGAUUCUGUAUAACAAGAGAAAGAUGGGUGAUUAUGAAACCGUAGUGUUAACAGAAGAGUGUAGUGCUAUAUUGCAAAGGAAACUUCCUCAAAAACUUGGUUUGGGUGAAGCCAGGCCAACCACAGUAACAUUGCAGCUGGCUGAUAGAUCUAUGAAGUAUCCAUGUGGUAUUAUAGAAGAUGUGUUGGUGAAGAUGGAUAAGUUUAUAUUUCUAGCUGAUUUUAUAGUUCUUGACAUAGAGGAGGAUGAUAAUGUUCCUAUUAUUUUGGGGAGGCCAUUUUUAGCAACUGGGCAAGCAUUGAUAGAUGUGCAAAAUGGAGAGUUAAGGCUAAGAGUACAAGGGGAAGAAGUAGUAUUUAAUGUGUUGAAGGCUAUGACUUAUCCUAAAGCAAGUUAUAAUUGUUUCUCAGUGGAUGUGGUAGAAGAGGUAGUAGGGAGAAGAAAGUUAAUUGAAGAUCCUCUUGAAAUUAGUCUUACAAUUGAUGACAUAGAUGGUGAGGAUAGUGAAGAGGCAUUGAGUUAUUUGAAGUGGAUACAAUCAUAUGGGUCGUGGAAGCAGAAAAAGUUUGAAGAAUUGGGUGAGGGAUUGGAAAGACCAUUACCAUCAAUUUUGAAGCCACUUGUGUUAGAAUUGAAGGCUUUACCGGAACAUCUACGCUAUGCUUAUAUUGGGGAGAAAGAGACUCUUCCAGUCAUAGUUUCAUCAUUUCUUUCAGAAGUAGAGGAGGAGAAGUUGUUGAGGGUAUUAAUGGCUCAUAAAACUGCCAUAGGUUGGACUCUUGCUAAUAUAAGAGGAAUAAGCCCAUCGACAGUUAUGCAUAGAAUUUUGAUGGAAGAAGAUGCUAGACCAAUUAUUGAUGCUCAACGAAGACUUAAUCCAACAAUGAAAGAAGUGGUAAGUCCAGUACAAAUAGUACCUAAAAAGUGGCAUAACCGUGGUGAAAAUGAGAGUAAUGAAUUGAUUCCCACAAGGACUGUGAUGGGUUGGAGGAUAUGUAUAGAUUACCGGAAGUUGAAUAAGGCAACUAGGAAAUAUCAUUUUCCUUUGCCUUUUAUUGAUCAGAUGUUGGAUAGGAAUUGUAUUGGGGCACGAGCUAAGAUUUCUACAAUUGAGAAUUUACCACCUCCAGGUUCAGUUAAGGGAGUGAGAAGUUUCCUUGGUCAUGCGGGGUUUUAUAGAAGGUUUAUCAAGGAUUUUUCUAAGGUUUCAAAGCCUCUGUCUACUUUGCUGAUGAAUGGAGUUCCUUUUAAUUUUGAUGAAAAGUGUCACAAAGCUUUUAAGAUACUUAAGGAGAAAUUGAUUUCGGCACCUAUAGUUGUAGCACCUCAAUGGGAUUUGCCAUUUGAAUUGAUGUGUGAUGCUAGUAACUUUGCAGUUGGGGCAGUCUUGGGACAAAGAGUUGACAAGGUAUUUAGAAUGGUUUAUAAUGCAAGUCGUACCUUGAAUGAUGGUCAAAUUAAUUAUGCAACUACGGAGAAGGAGCUGUUGGCCAUAGUGUUUGCCUUUGAUAAGUUUAGGCCAUACUUGAUUGGGAAUAAGAUAAGAAGGGCACAGAAAGCUGAUCACUUGUCCAGAGUGGAGGUUGAUGAGGAUUCUCUUGAUAAAGAAGUUCAGAUUAAUGAUGCUUUUCCUGAUGAGCAGUUGUUUGAAGUAAGUGUUUGUAAAGAUGUUCCAUGGUUGGUAGACUAUGUUAAUUUUUUGGCUGCAAAGGUUAUACAUCCUGAGAUGAUAAGGCAUUGA